CUGCAGGCAGCGAGCAAAACACACAUGAAAUCUGACAUUGCAGUCUUGCAGGCACGUUUUUAGUUUUAGGAGCGAGUGGUCAGGUUGCAGGGGUUGAUUAGUUAGUUGUUCAAUCAUGGCUGCCGAGUACAGCGGCCAUCGCUGUCGCCACUUCUUACUGUUCCUGGCACUGGCCACGAUAUUGCCUGCCUCUCGGGCUCAGCUGUCGCCGACGUUCUAUGGCUCGUCGUGCCCCGCCGCGCUUCUCACCAUCAGGACCGCCGUGAGGGCGGCCGUGGCGCUGGACGCGCGCACGGGCGGCUCCUUGCUCCGGCUGCACUUCCACGACUGCUUCGUGCAAGGUUGCGACGCGUCUGUUCUGCUCGACGACACGGGCAACUUCACCGGGGAGAAGGGCGCGGGCCCGAACGCGGGGUCGCUCAGAGGGUUCGGAGUGAUCGACACCAUCAAGGCUCUGCUGGAGGUGUUGUGCCCGCGGACCGUGUCAUGCGCCGACAUCCUCGCUGUCGCCGCCCGUGACUCUGUAGUCGCGCUUGGAGGGCCAUCGUGGACGGUGCAGCUCGGCAGGAGGGACUCCACCACGGCGAGCCUCUCCACGGCGAACACGGACCUCCCCUCGCCAGCGUCCAGCCUGAGCACGCUGCUCGCCGCCUUCGCCAGGAAAGGCCUGAGCAGCACCGACAUGGUUGCUCUGUCAGGAGCCCACACGGUGGGGCAGGCGCAGUGCCAGAACUUCCGGGCCAGGAUCUACAACGAGACCAACAUCGACCCGUCCUUCGCGGCGUCGCGGAGGGCCGGCUGCCCGGCGACCGGCGGCGGGGGCGCGCUCGCGCCGCUGGACGCGUCCACGCCGAACGCGUUCGACAACGCGUACUACGGCGGCCUGGUCGCGCAGCGGGGGCUGAUGCACUCCGACCAGCAGCUGUUCAGCGGCGGCUCGACGGACGGCCAGGUCAGGAGCUACGCGGCCAGCCCGGCGCAGUUCAGGAGCGACUUCGCGGCGGCCAUGGUCAGAAUGGGCGGCAUUGGUGUCCUGACAGGGAGCAGCGGGCAGGUCCGGCGCAACUGCCGGAGGAUGAACUAGCUGGCAGAAACGUUCUGCAGAACACUGGAUGCAUGCGAGCAUCUUCAAUCUCGCGCGUAAAUUUGAGCUAGCUGUCGAUGUGCGCCGUGGUGCCAUGGCAAUAUAAGUGUAAAUAAUGCAUGGUGGAAUAAAUUCAUCAUCUGCAGGUGCA